AAAAAAUAAAAAGGCCUCAGAUUUUUCUCUUUCCCCCCUUUCAAUUUCCAUCUUAUUUUAUCAAUCAAAUCCUCUUGAUAUAGUUUUUUUCAUUUUAUCAAUCUCGCAUCAAACAUUUAUAUUUGUUCCUAAUAAUUCUUAUACUCUAAUUCCAUGAUUCAAAUCACAAGCCUUUUUAUGAUUCAGAGCUUUUGAUCUAUCACACUUCUUAGAUAGAGUCUAGAUAUCUAUAUCUAUACACACACACACACAUAUAUAUAUAGAUACACAUACACAUAGACUGGAAGAAAAUGGCGUCACCAGUACCUGCAAAAUCACAGCCGCUACACAACUUCUCAUUACCGCAUCUGAAAUGGAAGAACCACCGGAGCAGCCGAAGCAGACUCGCCGUAGAAAGUUCUUCAUCACCAUCGCCGCCACAUAGAUCUCCGUCUUAUGUUCAACGGCGGCCGUCACCUCUGCACCGCCAAUCUCAAUCGGAAUCAGAAUCUGAACCUCCGCUUGAAAAAACUCUCACUACUGACAAAACGAAACGAUCAAACAACAACAACAAUAAGAUCUGUAUUCGAUUCCGUAAUAGCGACGUUGCGCCGGAAGUAAACCAAAACGACGCCGCCGCGUCGUUAGCGACGGAAGAAGAUGCCGAAUUAUUACCGAAAACGUGGAAUCUGAGACCUAGAAGACCGCCGCCGGUGAAUCAAAAGCAAUCUAAUAUUAAUAGUAGUAAUAAUAAGAUCGGUUCAUUGCCAUUGCCGGAAAACAGAAUUAUUUAUAAUAAAAAUGUUAAUAAUAAAGAAGGAUCAGAAAUGAAAAAUAAUGAUCAGGGCAAUGCUGUGAUGUGUAAAAAGGUUAAGUUUUCAAUUACGCUUUCGCGUGAUGAGAUCGAAGAAGAUAUAUAUUCGUUAACUGGUUCGAAACCUGCCAGGAGGCCGAAAAAGAGACCGAGGACUCUCCAGAGACAACUUGAUACACUGUUUCCUGGUUUAUGGCUGGGAUCGAUAACAGCCGAUACAUACAAAGUAUCUGAAGCUCUUCCUACAAAGCAGUAGCAGGGAUAUAAACGGAACGGAAAGUUUUGAUCUUGGAUUGGUUUUUGGUACAAGAUGAAAGGGUCCGUCCACCGGGGGGCUGGCGGCGCUGACGUCUUUAGCUUUUCGUGCAAGGUAUUAUGGGAGAACCUUUAACUUGUAUAGAUGUGAGAAGUUAAUUAAGUAAGAGGGAGAAUAAUUCAUCUUUCUUGUUUAUGGUUCUCGUUUAUUUAUCUUUUUUUUCAUGACCCAUAAAAUGAAUUCACGAAACAAUUUUUGUU